AUGAAUGUUAUACGGUUGGCGGUACAUACGGCCCUGUGCCUCUAUGCUCUGCUGUCACCGACCGAUGGUUUCCGAAUUCUGAAGUGGGCCCAGAUCUUCUUCUGUCUUCAAUACGUCGCCCACGAGAUCUAUCGUAUCAUUAUUUUCCCCAAUUUCUUCUCGCCGCUCCGCCAUCUGCCUGGGCCGAAGGACCACAACCUCCUGCUAGGGCAGGAGUUGAAGAAAUUCAGGGCUGAGAGCCCCGUCGGUGUCCAGCUAGAGUGGUCGCGCAAAUGGCCCGACGCGCCCUUCAUCCGGUACCUCUCCAUCGCCGGCAAGGAAGCGUUGCUGGUGAACAGCUUAGCUGCGCACAAAGCCGUGCUUCAAAGUCAUGUCUACGAUUUCGUCAAGCCACCGUUCUUCGCCCGCUUGGUGGGUGAGAUCGCGGGAACAGGUUUGUUGUUCGCGGAAGGGGAGCAUCACAGGCACCAGCGAAAGCUACUGGCUGGUCCGUUCUCGGUUCCGAGCAUGAGGAAGAUCGUGCCCGUCUUUCAGGACGAAGCGAAAAGCCUGUCCGAAGUAUUCGAUAGCGCGAUGGGGACCGGCUCACGCGCCUCUAUUGAAGUGACCGAUGUCUUGUCCAAGUCAACCAUGGAUACAAUAGGUGUAACGGUCCUAGGGAUUGAGCUAGACACCCUGUCAUCCAUCUACCCUGUGGGAUUCAAUGAGUUAUACCAUAGGAUGCUUCAACAAGGACCCCUAGGCACGCUGAUAUGGGUCAUAAACGCCUUCCUCCCUAUUCGACGAUUCAUUCCUCUAGAGGCCAACCGGAAAUUCAUCCAGGCCAGCAGCGACCUUAGGAGGAUGUUGCGAGAUAUCAUUGAGAAGCGCACGACAGACUUGAGUGACGGGACAUUCAAGAGGGAAGUAGGCGAGUCCCGAGAUCUUCUCACAUACAUGCUCGAAGAGGCUGAAGCACAGCGACAACAGACGGGGAAAGAAACGUGGACUACUGACGACAUCAUCGGUCAUCUACUCAACUUCACAUCAGCAGGCCACGAAACCUCAUCAACCACGUUGACUUGGGCGCUCUACGUGCUGGCGACCAAUCAUGGCGUACAAGCCCGCCUACGAACCGAGAUUCAGACCCUGCUGAAGGCCAGCCCGAAGCCUAACUACGACGAGAUAAGCAGACUGCCAUAUUUGAACAACUUUGUGCGCGAAGUCCUCCGUGUGCACUCGCCACCCAUCAUGUCAUCUCGACAAGCAGCCAAAGACCUCGUGAUUCAGGGAGUCCACAUACCCAAAGGCACGCAGAUCGACCUCAACAUGCACAUCAUGCACCAGAACCAGGGGGUCUGGGGACCAGACGCAGCCGUCUUCAACCCAGGCCGAUGGGACCACCUGACAGGUGACGCGGCCAGCCCCUACGCAUUCGAGCCGUUCAUCCAGGGGCCACGUAUGUGUCCCGGCAAGAACUUCUCUCUGAUAGAGAUGAAGGCAUUUCUUAUUGAACUUAUCAUUAAAUGGCGGUUCGUCGGUAUUGAGCGCUGGGAUGAUAAGACGGAUGGGGCAGAGAGGGAGCUGUUGACUGGCGGCGAGGAAGAGGUUGGGAGGGGAGUCAAGUUGGCAAAUCCGAGUGUAACAUAUAGACCCGCUGGUGGGUUGAUUGUGAGGUUCGAGAGAGUAUGA